CCGCGCAUGCUCGCUGCGCAGCGGACGCCAUGUUGGAGCAGGAGUGGAUUCGGGGCUGAAUAUUUUCUGACGGCGUAUGUUUUUUCUUCAAAAUUAUCCGCCUUCGCACAUCGCCGGUGUCCGUCAACCGAGCGCGUCGGGCACCCUGAGCGGCAGUGGCCAUGAUGAACGCCAGUGUCGACCUGUCCCGGAGGAAUCCACAGGAGGAUUUCGAGCUGAUCCAGAGGAUAGGAAGCGGCACGUACGGAGAUGUGUACAAGGCUCGCAAUGUAAACACAGGGGAGCUGGCUGCUAUCAAAGUCAUCAAACUUGAGCCAGGGGAGGACUUUGCCGUCGUCCAGCAGGAGAUUUUGAUGAUGAAGGACUGUAAACACUCCAACAUUGUAGCAUACUUUGGCAGUUAUCUACGGAGGGACAAGUUAUGGAUCAGCAUGGAGUACUGCGGGGGAGGUUCUCUACAGGACAUCUACCAUGUAACCGGACCACUGUUAGAGUCUCAGAUAGCCUACAUGUCACGGGAGACCCUGCAGGGUUUGUACUAUCUUCACAACAAAGGCAAAAUGCACAGAGAUAUCAAGGGCGCCAACAUCCUGUUGACCGACAACGGCUAUGUGAAACUAGCCGACUUUGGCGUAUCAGCGCAGAUCACAGCCACUUUGGCCAAGAGGAAGUCGUUUAUUGGAACGCCAUACUGGAUGGCUCCAGAGGUGGCAGCAGUGGAGAGGAAAGGAGGUUACAACCAGCUGUGUGACAUCUGGGCUGUGGGCAUCACAGCAAUAGAGCUGGCCGAACUGCAGCCGCCCAUGUUUGAACUCCAUCCCAUGAGGGCUCUCUUCUUAAUGACAAAGAGUAAUUUCCAGCCGCCAAAGUUAAAAGACAAGGCAAAGUGGACAGACAACUUUCACCAUUUUGUAAAGGUAGCCCUGACCAAGAACACAAAGAAGAGGCCCACAGCGGAGAAGCUGCUACAGCACCCAUUCGUGUCUCAGCCCCUGAGCAGGACGCUGGCUAAAGAGCUGCUGGACCGAGCCAAAAACCCCGACCACAACAACUACAACGAUUUUGAUGACGACGACCCCGAACCAGAGUUUAAGUACAGGGGUCAUUUCCUACCCAUAAGCCCCGGUGCUCGCCGCCCACCCCGUUUGCCCGCCCGUAGGAAGUCUCCGGUGGCUGUCCCUCAUCGGAUCCGUUCCACCAGCAGAAGCACCAGAGAAGGAAAGACACUCUCUGAGAUCAACUUCGGUCAGGUGAAGUUUGACCCCCCGCUGAGGAAGGAGACAGAGCCCCAUCAUGAACCGUGUGAUUCUGAGCCAUAUCUGGACUGUGUUGAGGAGCUCUACUAUACCGCGAGAUCUAAUCUGGACUUGCAGAUGGAGUACGGCCACGAUUCACCUUGUCUGCUUGGAGGAAACAAAAGCCUUCUCAAGUCCGUGGAGGAGGAGCUGCAGCAGAGGGGCCAUGUGGCACACUUAGGGGAUGAUGAGGAUGAGGAUGAUGAUGGUGCAGAUGAUGAUGAAACUCACACUCAUAAAAUGAACACUAUCCUGAGGCCGAAGGUCCCGCCCCCACUUCCACCUAAGCCCAAGUCCAUUAGCUCGCCGCAGCCCAAACAGGACGACAGCCAAUCGCACAGCGAGGACGACGGCGGCAGCACCAUCAAGCGCUGCCCGGCCCCUCAGACGCCCAGCCCCGCCAAGCCCGCCUCCAACGUGCCCCCGCGGCCGCCACCCCCGAGGUUGCCGCCCCACCGCCGCAGCAGCCUAGGUAACGAGACCGCGGCGUCCGCGGAUGCGGAAAAUUCGGCCCCGGAGGACGACGGAAGCUUUAGGCAUUUCUGGGAGUGGCUCCACACGCCUCACACUGAGGAGGAGCUGGAGGAGGCGUGGGAGGUGCUGAAGGAGGUGAAAGAGGAGCAGGAAAAAGAGGAUGAGGAAGAGAGGAACGGCGUGAACGCCUCGCACAACGGCGACCGCGACAGUCCCGCCGACAGACAGUCCACCAUGCCCCCUAAUGUACCCACACGGAAAGACAAGAAGGACGUUCCGAAGCCAAGUAGCAAUGGGCUCCCACCUACGCCCAAAGUUCAUAUGGGUGCAUGUUUCUCCAAGGUGUUCAAUGGCUGCCCUCUCAAGAUCCAUUGCGCCACUUCCUGGAUCAACCCCGACACCAGAGACCAGUAUUUGAUAUUUGGAGCUGAAGAAGGAAUUUACACAUUGAACCUUAACGAGCUGCAUGAAACCACAAUGGAGCAGCUCCUCCCUCGCCGGUGCACGUGGUUGUACGUCAUGAGCAAUAACCUUCUCUCGGUAUCGGGAAAAGCCUCCCAGCUGUACUCGCACAGCCUGUCGGGUCUGUUUGAGCAGGCCCGACAGUUGCAGAAGCUACCAGUAGCCAUUCCCACACACAAGCUGCCUGACAAGAUGAUACCAAGGAAGUUUGCUGUUUCCACUAAAAUUCCAGACACUAAAGGGUGCCAAAAGUGCUGUGUAGUGCGUAACCCGUACACAGGCCACAAGUACCUCUGUGGGGCCUUCCAGUCUCACGUCAUGCUGCUGGAGUGGGUGGAAUCCAUGCAAAAGUUCAUGCUCAUCAAGACCAUCGACUUCCCUCUGCCGUGUCCACUGGAGGUGUUUGAGAUGUUGGUGGUGCCCGAGCACACCUACCCUCUCAUCUGCGUGGCGGUCAGCAAAGGGGCGGAGCUCAACCAGGUGGUGCGCUUCGACACCGUCAACCCCAACGCUACCUCUUCCUGGUUCACCGAGACAGACACGCCUCAGACGUGCGUGAUCCACGUCACGCAGCUGGAGAGAGACACCAUCCUCGUCUGUCUCGACCGGUGCAUAAAGAUCGUGAACCUCCAGGGCAGACUGAAAUCCAGCAGGAAGCUGUCGGCCGAACUCACCUUUAACUUCCAGAUCGAGUCCACAGUCUGUCUUCAGGAUAGCGUGCUGGCCUUCUGGAGGCACGGCAUGCAGGGGCGGAGCUUCAAGACCAACGAGAUCACGCAGGAGAUCUCGGACAGCACACGCAUCUUCAGACUACUGGGGUCAGACAGACGAGGUGACCACAGAGAUCCUUAUGACAGAGGCGUCACUCUGCCCAGGGUGGUCGUGCUGGAGAGUCGACCCACGGACAACCCGACCGCCCACAGCAACCUGUACAUCCUGGCGGGCCACGAAAACAGCUACUGACACUCACGCCAACACCAGGACGCGCACCAGGCCACUCCCCCUCCCUGCAAGCCCCGCCCCCUUCCUCUCCUAGCGGGCGCACGGUGAGGUCGGCGUCACCACGGGAGACCAGCUUUGCCAGAAGGCACCGGGUGAGUUCAAAGACAAAAAAAAGAAAAAAGGAAGGCUCCGCCCCUUGCCCAGCACGGAGGCGUGUCCUCAUGGUGCACAACUUGCACAGACCCCGCCCACCUCACUUUUAUUUAUUAUGGCAUGACGUUAACACCGCCGCAACGAGGCUCCUCCUUUUUGAGCGGGAAAACCCCGCCCCUCAAAAAAAAGAAAACAAGCUUUCCCGCCUCCGCUUGGCAACAGAAGUGCUAAAGUGCUGUGUAUUUAAUGGUUGUACAUAUAAAUGUAGUAUUUUUGGACAGAUAGGAACACUAAAAGUGGUGUGGCUCCACCGUUUAGACGCGUGCGUACUUGCAAACACGCCAGGACUUGUAAGAUGGACGACACAAAAAAACGCCACGCCCAGGCAUCACUCUUUCACUUCUUUCUGCCAUUUAAAAAAAAAAAAAAAACAUUUUUAUGCAGUUUUUAAUGCUCUUUUUUUUUAUUUGAACCACUGGUGUUAAACAUUUGCACAGAGAAAAAAAAGGUAUGAGUGUUUGUGUUAUGAUUGUGCGUCGUGUUGUGCAGCAUCAACUCUCAGUACUCGUCCAGGAAAAUGUUUCAUCUGCCUUUUUUUUCUUUUAUUUAAAAUGUUUUUUUUUUAUCUUUGGAUGUUUCACUCCUUGUCAAACCUUCUCUUUUCCUGACAUGUUUGACCUUUCUUUCUCAGCACGCUCCUUUUUUUACAACAGUUGCGCACUGUACACAAAAAUCUUUUGAUUUUGCAAGCGAAAACUUAACUUUUACAGUAAACAUGUUCAUGCUUUUUUAACCCAAUUAGUGCAAAUUGAAAAACUAAAUCAUUUUAAAAAUAACAAUUGUAAGAGUGUAUUGCUGGAAGUAGUAAAACGUUACCACUUUGAUUUUUACUGUAAAAUCCUGGCGAUUGGGCUGCAGGUUUUUUUUUUUUUUUUUUAUCUGACUUUUUUCUUUUACAGUGCAGUAAAUUCCACGUUUUAACUGUUCUUCGAAGGCAACAGUGCAAAGACUAUAAUUUUUCUAAAAAAUUUCCAGAAAAAAAUAAUCUUUUUUUCCAGGAAAACUUACCUUAUUUUCCAGGACAGUUUUCCUUAUUUUCCCGGACAAUUUCACUUAUUUACCAUAAACAUUCUCCUUAUUUUCCAGGACAAUUUUCCUCAUUUUCACCGAUAAUUUCAUUUAUUUACCAUAAAUAUUCUCCUUAUUUUCCAGGACAGUUUUCCUUAUUUUCCCCGACAAUUUCACUUAUUUACCAUAACCAUUCUCCUUAUUUUCCAGGACAGUUUUCCUCCUUUUCCAGGACAGUUUUCCUCAUUUUCCCCGACAAUUUCAUUUAUUUACCAUAAACAUUCUCCUUAUUUUCCAGGACAGUUUUCCUUAUUUUCCAGGACAGCUUUCCUUAUUUUCCCCGACAAUUUCAUUUAUUUAACAUGAACAUUCUCCUUAUUUUCCAGGACAGUUUUCCUUAUUUACCUGGAAUAUUUACUUUAUUUUGCAGGUUAUUCCCACUUAUUUUCACAAAAUAUUCCCGGGGAAAAUUCCCUUAUUUCCACAAAACAUUUUCCUUUAUUCCCCUUGUUUACCUAUUUUUUCUAGAUUUUUUUUUCCUGGAAAUUUCCUCGCUUUCACCCCCAAAAUUCCCUUACUUUCUCGGAAAACGCCCUAAUUUCCAAAGGUAAAUGUUGACAGAUUUGCACUAAACAAGUCACACCCAUGAACAAUUACGGUAAAUAGAACUAUUAUAACAAAAAAAGUUCAAAACACAAAUCUAUUUUGUUGUUUUACAGGGCUGAUAGUUGUGUUUUUUUUUUAACAAUGAUGCAAGCUGUGAUGGACUCAAAACACUAAUAGAACUUUAAAAAAAAAAUCUUAUUACAAAAGCUGACAUCCUUCAGUAGAAAGUACAUAUAGAAAAUAUUAUUUUGAUUUGUACAGUGGGUUAUAUUCAAAAUACCGCAUUUCCUCAUAUAUUGGCUUGGAGCAUUUUCUGUAAAAAAAAAAAAAAAAAAGUUUAUUUAAAAAAAUAUAUUUUUUGACCAGAAGAAAUAUCCACCCAUCCAUCCAUUUUUUUCUACCGCUUAUCCAUUCCGGGGUCAUGUGUGGUGCUGGAGCCUAUCUCAGCUACAAUCGGGCGGAAGGCGGUGUUCACCCUGGACAAGUCGCCACCUCAUCACAGUCAAUUAAAAUAUAUGUCAACAUAAAGACACAAUUAACCUUUUUAAGCUAAUAUUACAUUUAAUUCGAGUACAAAAAAUAUGAAGUAGGCUCCAGCACCCCCUGAGACACCGGAAGAAACAAGAGGUAUAAAAUGGAUGGGAAAAAAACACUUGGAGAGUGCAAACCUCCACCGGGUCCUAGCUCCCAACGGACCAUAAUAAAAAAAAAUGCAAAAUCCUCACAGUUAUCCGGAUCAUCCUGGAAGUUUAAUCGCUUAUUGUUUUUAUCACAUUUGGGAAACUUCCUGACAGUUUUAUUAAAAUAUACCCGUAACUUUUUUCAUUUUGGAAAUGGCUUCAGUCGGCGUUCAGGGAUUACUUACAAUCAAACAGAGUAUAAUUAAUACAGAUGUCUUGUGCUGCCUCGAUCACGCGAUAAGUGCCGCGCGUGAAAAUUGUACGUUUUUAUCAACCGCAAAUACGUGGGCGUCCAGUUUGGACUGAUUGAACGUCUCUUUAAACGUCUUUUAAAUUAAGCAGGUGCCAUUAUUUGAGGAAUUACGGUAUUGUGCAACUUGUGGAUUCUUCUAAAAUAUCAGUGAUUUAAAGGCCUACUGAAAUGAGAUUUUCUUAUUUAAACGGGGAUAGCAGGUCCAUUCUAUAUGUCAUACUUGAUCAUUUUGCGAUAUUGCCAUAUUUUUGCUGAAACGAUUUAGUAGAGAACAUCCACGAUAAAGUUCGUAACUUUUGGUCGCUAAUAAAAAAGCAUUGCCUUUACCGGAAGUAGCAGAGGAUAUGCGCGUGACGUCACGGGUUGUAGGGCUCCUCACAUCGUUUACAAUUAUGGCCACCAGCAGCUAGAGCGAUUCGGACCGAGAAAGCGACAAUUUCCCCAUUAAUGUGAGCAAGGAUAAAAGAUUCGUGGAUGAGGAAAUUUAGAGUGAAGGACUAGAAAAAAAAAGUGAUUGCAGUGGGAGCGAUUCAGAUGUUUUUAGACGCAUUUAUUAGGAUAAUUCUGGAAAAUCCCUUAUCUGCCUAUUGUGUUGGUAGUGUUUUAGUAAAAUUAAAUAGUACCUUAUAGUCGGAAGGGUGUGGCCACGGGUGUGUUGACGCCAAAGUCUCUGAGGGAAGUCACGGCAGGACGGAAGCUCUGCUGAUUCCUCCAGUAAUAGCAGACUUAUUACCACAAUUUUCUCACCGAAAACUGCCGGUUGACAUGUAGUCGGGAUCCAUGUUCGCUUGACCGCUCUGAUCCAUAGUAAAGUUUCACCUCCGGGAAUUUUAAACAAGGAAAAACCGUGUGUUUGUGUGGCUAAAGGCUAAAAGCUUCCCGCCUCCAUCUUUCUACUUUGACUUCUCCAUUAUUAAUUCAACAAAUUGCAAAAGAUUCAGCAACACAGAUGUCCAGAAUACUGUGUAAUUAUGCAAUUAAAGCAGACUACUUAUUGCUUGGUUUGGGCUAGAAAAUAAUGUCCGCUACAACCGGUGACGUCAAACACACGAGUCAUCAUACGGCGACGUUUGCAACAGAAUAUUUCCCGGGAAAUUUAAAAUUGUAAUUUAGUAAACUAAAAAGGCCGUAUUGGCAUGUGUUGCAAUGUUAAUAUUUCAUCAUUGAUAUAUAAACUAUCAGACUGCGUGGUGGGUAGUAGUGGGUUUCGGUAGGCCUUUAAAUCACCAGUCACCUGUUUUUUCCUCUCCUCUGUGUGACAAAAAGCUGAGUAGAAGAAAGGCACUGAAUAUUAGGCGGGCUGUAAUGUCGCCCUCCUGUGGUGCGGCAGAGUAACUACAAGUUGACAGGUUUUUAUAAAAAAAAAAAAAAAAGCAAAGUUUUAGACGAAAGUAGGUAAAAUAAUCAUGUUUUUAUGCCAGUGACGUCACACUUUGAGUUCAUAUCCGUCUCUUGCUACUUUGCAUGAUGCAUUUGUUUGUGGCUCAGCUCUGUUUUUGUCAUGUUUUUAUUAGCAUUUUUGUUUUUCAGUCAUGUUUCCAUUUUAUCCUGCUUAUUUUCUGUUGGAAGAAAAUACAAAGUUGGCCUUAAUGUUUUUUAUUAUGUAAAAUUUGAACGCCACCCUUAACACAAGCUCACGCUAAUUGUCGCACGUACACAGGUGUGUUGUUCAUGAUGCAAUGCGCACGUUAUGACAUGUACAUAGUGUAAAGAAUUCAAAAAGUUGGGUUUGUUUUACAUACUGUAUAAUUGCCUAUAUUUUGUUGCGGAAGUGUAACAGAUUUAUGAGAAGUUAACACAUUAAAAAGAAGGACGUUGACGCACA